UCGUCGCCGCUGGAAAGGCGGCCCUAACCCCUGGAAGCCCCCGCGUCAGUCCGCAGCCAGUGAAGCACCAUGUGCGAGACGUGCGCCGAAUUCCAGAACCUCCUGGAGCUGUACGAGGUGCGCGUUGCCAGCUCGGAUCUCAAGUUCCAGCUGCUGCUGAAGAGCGAGAUCGAGACCACCUUCAACUACAUUCAGUCGUGGCCGCAGCGCCAGUGCAUGUGCCUGUACCGGGACACCAAGAACUACGAUCGCUUCAACCUGGUGGUGCAGUCGCUCAUCUGCCUGACGGUGCAGCACCUGAAGCACAUCGACCACCUGAUCGACAACUACAAGCGACUCACCGCCAGCGCCGCCCAGGUGGUGGCCCAGGCCCAACAGCAGCGAGAGCAGCAGCGGGACGAGGCGGCAGAGGGAAAGGACUCGUCUACUGCGUCAGAGGAGCCCAAAAAGGAGGAGCCCGCCUCCGGCAGCUCCCCAAGUGAGGAGGCCCAGGGCUCCGGCGAUGGGCCGCCCAAGAAGCAGCCUGUCGGCCCCUGCACCCCUCCUCCGCCGCCGACGCCAACCCCAUCCCAGCACAAAUCCCACCUGCAGUACACAGAGGAGCCCUGGAUCCUGCCCGAGGUGGAGAAACUGCUCGUGCUCGUCUCGAAGGUGUUCCUGCUCAACUUCCCGCUGUACAUCGCCCACAAGCAUGGCAUGCACUCGCGACUGGACGACCUGCAGGCGGAAGAGGCCCAUCAUCUGGCCCUCAUCUGCGAUCUGCACGAUAACGACCUGCCCAUCUACCUGCUGCGGAACGUGAGCCUAUUCUGCAACUCCGGUGGCUUUGGCGCCAUGUCGCUGUGCUUCGAACACCCCGAUUUGCCGGUGUCCACCGCCCACUCGAUGACUGCCGCCGUCUCGAACGUGAAGCUCUGGCUAAACUACCACUGCAACACGCAGCUCUUUGUCCCGCUGCGCAGCCGCAUCCUGCAGUACAUGUGCAAGCUGUCGGAUCAGAGCCUACGGUCAGCCGCGACCCGCGCUAUGGCCGACUUCGUGUGGUCCUCCAUGCGGGACCCGCUGGACGUUGCCGUCAACUUCGACACCGAGGGAUUAGCCCUGGCCUUCAAGUACUUUACAUCUACCACGCUGACUAUGCGACUGGCAGGCAUGGCCCAGAUCAACGCACACAUCAACCUGUUCAACGAGAUCUGCACCACGGAGACUGUCAACGAAGUGGAGCUGUUCGGACAGCGCAUCGCCAACUGGCUGACUGAGAACCAUAUUGUGCAGCACCUGUUCGGUCCGAAUCUGCACGUGGAGAUCGUAAAGCAGGCGCACGUGCUGCUUAACUUUCUAGCGGUGGAGAACCAGAUCUCCGAGGAAGACAUUAAACUCAUCUGGCAGGCCACUCAGCUGAAGCACUGCUCUAAGACCAUCUUCGACAUUCUGCCGUCGCUGGUGAAGAACCUGGCCCCGCGUCCAGCCAUGCACCUUUACUCGUUGCUCUGCCGCAUGGAUCCCAAGGAGCACACGGAGCAGAGCAUCUACAUAGCCUCAGCGCUCACGAAGCUCCUGUGGGCACGCGAUUGCUCGCGCAGCCAGAUGAACCUGAUGCAGGACCAUCUGCUGGGAUCCAACGUAACCGCAUCCAGCUCCGACAGCGGCAGCAUCGAGGGCAGCAACACGGAGGACGAUCACGUGGGCGCCGACGACAGCAGUAUCGCCAGCGGUGGAGGCGGCGGUGUUGGUAACAAAAGCCCCAUCGAUGGAGUCACGCCAUGCAAGCAGGCGCGGCACAGGCGGCACAUCUGCGACCCCACCACCGAGAAGGGCAAGCAAAUUAGCGCCGAAGACAUGGCUAAGGUGGACAUGGUAAACAAUCGCAUUGUGAACAUUAUCGACAACACGAGCAGUGAGGAGGAACUUCAAUCGCGCGCCGCCUUGGAGCUACAGCUCCACCGCAGCCGCAAGAAGACGAGUAACAAGCGACGCCGCCAGAAGGCCAACAAACAGAUCAUUCUGCCGCAUGAGCUGGUGGAGAUCUGGGACGGAGCUGAGGACGUGCCAAGCAGUGACGAGGCAGAUGCCGACGGCGAUGGUGAUGGCGAGGGUGAACUACUGGCAGAUAGCGACGAGUGCAGUGAUGGAGCCACAAACCAAUUGGUGCCCGCCGCCGUGCUGAAGCAUCUCCAGGGCGAGGGACCCUAUAUACGGGCCAUCGAAACAAACAUAAGCGAGCUGCUCAGCGGCGCUGAGAACGAUGGCAGCUACUCCUCUCCGAUGAGCAACAAAUCCGAAAAGAACCUGGCCGAUUUCGAUGACGAGGACGUAUCGCCUUGCGAAGAGGAGCUGGCCCAGUUGGUGAGUUCCCGCGCCAAUUGCCGGGACGUUCCACCGGCAUUUGCCGCUGCAGCCGCCGCCAUGAUGGUGGCCCAGUCUGCGAUGGCCCUUCAGAAAUCCGGGGAAUCGAACGUGGCUGCCGCUGCAGCUGCCGUAGCCGCUGCUGCGGCGGCCACCGGAAAUGCGCAACAGACGCUGGUGGCCAUGAAUCGGCAGGCCAGCGUAGCCGCCGCCGCCGCAGUGGUCGCAGCGGCCAAGGCAAAGUCAGAUUCUGAUGUGGAUCUGAUGGAGGUGGCUGCCGGAGGCAAGCAGCACCACUCACCCAAAACGAGCCAGGGCAGUUCCACGUCCGGCGGUACUCCUGUGCAGCCCUCCUUCAAGCUGAACGAUGUCUGCCAGCCGGGAAAUACACUUCUCUGGGAUCUCCUUCAGGAUGAUAAAAUUGGCCAACUGGGUGAAUCUUUGGCGCUAGAGGCGGAGAAGGCGCUGGCCACGCUUCUGUGCUUCAGCAUGGACCGCCAGCUGCGGACGAAGUUCAUCGAGGGCUGCCUGUACAACGUGGCCAGCAACCGGAGUGUUAUUGUCAGCCUGCGACUGCUGCCCAAGCUGUUCGCCUCGUUCCAGCAAUUCCGACCCUCGGACACGCACUCGAUGACGCUGUGGGCCGAACGGAAUCACCGGAUGAUGCAGUGCUUCUUCAACAAUAUUCGACACUAUGCGCGCCGCCAUGCCGAGAUACUGAUUACCCAGAACGGGGAGCAACAGCAGCAGCAGUUGGGCGGGCAGCUCUAUUCGCACAAGACUCAAGUCUCUGUGCGGCUGCAGUUCCUCUCCUCAAUCUUCUCGACGGUGGGAUCGCCGAAGAGUUUCCGCCUGACGCUAGAGCAGCUGGACGCACUGUGGGAGUGGCUGGCCCACGAUCCGGAGUGCGCCGACUGCUACUUCUCGUGGCUGCAGGCGCAAGCCAAGGGCGGUGACCAGCAUGCCCUGGGCAUUGAGGCGCUGCAGCAUUUGUAUCUGAAGAAGCUGCCAGAACUGCGACCCGAGGAGUUUUCCAUGGUGGCGUUGGGACUGUUCCAGCAGCUCUGCAGCUUCGCCCGCAUCGCCAUGGCGGAGUACGACAAGCACAGCGAGCAGAUCUCGGCCAGCGCCAGCGCCGUGGGCAUGUACCAUCUGUGGAAGAUCGCACUGCGCGCCCAGAGCAACGACGUCUCCUUGGCGGCCAUACAGUACAUCAACAUGUACUACAUGGGCCAGCAGCUGCGCCUCGAAAAGGAGUUCGUGUCCCAGUGCAUGGAAAACCUGGUUCAAGCAGCCACUGCUCUAGAAAGUAUCGAUGAUGACACUGCUCUGAUGCGGGUGCAGCGCGGCCUGCUUUUGCUGAACACCCACCUGGACACUUUCCGGCGUCGAUAUGCUUUCCACCUGCGCCGCUGGGCGAUCGAGGGCAAAGGAAUCGGCUCUCACAGCAACCUGAAGAACGAGGGAGCGGGUCCUCCCCUGCGGAUAGUCCUGCAGCAGGCGGGACUCUCGGAAAAGAGCCUGCUCCAGAUGCACGCCUGUGACCUAAUCGCAGACCUCAAGGCGGAGGUAUCCAAGUGGUGGGAGAGCCUGCAGACGGGAUUGGCAGCUCCUGUGCUCGGCCUGCUUCUCAGCGAUGGACCGCUAAGGAUUAUCACCCAGGGCCAGGAACUGACCUCGGACUACGACGAACGAAGCCUCGGGGAUGCUGGCUUCAAGGAUAACCAGAUCGUAUACGUUUCGUUGGGAGGACGCGGCGCCAGGCGAAAGGAAUCCAAUCUGGAGCACCCAUCAAUGCUGCCGCCACCACCCAAGGAAUGUCUGCCCACGGUGCUCCUCCUGCAACCCAAGUACUUCGAGAAGCUAUUCUGCCUGAUGCAGACCCUGGGGGAUAUGCAGCCGCAAGCGUCGUCUGUUAAUCCGCAGCACCACACCAAGGCACAGUUGCUCUCCCGACGCGUGUGGGACAUCCUUGCCAUGUUGCCCACCAAUCCGCACAUCCUCGACGCCUUCAAGGGCCUGGUCACGGACCUCGGCGAGCUAGAGCAGCUGGAUGCUGGAGGCGAAGAGGAGCAACUGGCCACCAAACGCAAGCAGAUCAAGCAGAAGUUUAGGGAUCUCCUCGAUCCAAACAACCUGCAGAAGUUCAUGUACUCGCUGCACAUUGUGGAGAGCCUGGCUCUGACCAGUUCGAGGCGCGGCGAAUCCAAUGGCAGUGUGUCCACUGGCCACCCUCCGGAACAGAUCCGGGUGAAGAAAUCCUCGAUGGGGAGGCGGCGAAAUAGCAAUGAGCAGCCACCACCCCCGCCGCUGGAAGCCAAGCAUGGAAAGGAGCAACUGUGCGAACUGGAGGCUCCGCUGACGCCCACCCCCAAUCCCGGCCUGCAGGACGCGGAGACGGAGGCCAGCAGCAGUAGCGGCGGCGACAAGGAGAACCAACCGAAGCAGCACAGCAAGCGGCAGAAGAAGAGCGAUGCAUUUGAUCAGGAAAAGGAACGCCCAGUGGGCUGCUCCACUCCACCGUCCCCGGCUCCUCCUCCGCCGCCGCUGUCCGUGAUGGAAAGAGGCGACAACAAGUGGAGUGAGGCCUUUGUCAAGUGCGGCGGUCUCCGGCAUCUGUACGAGAUCUUUAGCGGUGGUCAGCUGCAACAAAGUGCGCACCCCAAGGAGCUUGCCUUGAAUGAAUGGCGCCACGAUUGCUUGGCCAGUCUGCUGCGCAUCCUCUGGCUUUUGGGAUUCGAGGAGCUACAGUCGCCGGAUGUCCAUGUUCUGAUGUCGCGUCCACAUCCGUUCAUGCUGCAAUUAAUGGAGGUGCCGGAAUGCCUGACACGUCUCUCAUCGAUCCUCAACGACGAAGUUCACCAGCAGCAUCAGGCGUCCUCGGCCAACCCGCUGGUGUUCCCCUAUCAGUUCCAGCACCUGCGCACAGGUUUCUGGGGCCGAGCGCAACUCAUCCAGUUCGCCAUAAACAUCCUGGUGAGCUUUGUGCACGCCUCGGAGGAAGCAAGGAGGCUUCUGUGGGCCCAGUCGGACACAGAUCACUGCCGUUGGCUGCAAAAGUUCAUCCUGGAGGAUCCGGAACCUGCGGUGCGACGUGAGAUUUGCGCCGGCCUCUACCGCAUUUGCCUUGGAAACGCACACAGCUAUCGCCUCUUGUUGGCUCCACUGCUGCACAAGCUCAUCGCCCUGCUGCCUUUGGCCGAGCAGAUGAGCUCGGGCACCCAGCCCACGCAAUUUCUGCUCUCCGAGGAGGGCAAGGAUCCGUACGGCCCCGCCUGCCGGGAUUACUUCUGGCUGCUGGCCAGACUGGUGGACACCCUCUCCCCGGAAAUGGUGGCCGAGGAGCACAUCGACAUCGAAAUGCUGUGCGAAAGCAUCUCGCAGAGCAUUCUCACCCGGGAGUAUUUCGAGCUGCGUCAUGGCUACCAGGACGAUGGCUUAGUGGGUCUCCUGAACCUCAUGUCCAACCUGAUCAAGUACGACACCACCUUUAAGUACACCCCCAAGGCGUUGUCCUUUAUUGAGCAGCUGAUCGGCUUCCUGUUCGACAUGCCUUCGCCGGCGGAUCGGCAGAAGCCCAAAUGCAAAUCGGGAACCUCUCGAGCGGCAGCGUACGAUUUGCUUGUUGAACUGUGUCGCGGAUGCGGCACCAACUACGGCUAUCUGCAUGGUCGCCUUUUGGCACAGCACAAAUCCGGACCCAAGCAGCCGUAUCCUUGGGACUAUUGGCCGCGGGAUGAAGGCAGAUCGGAGUGUGGAUAUGUGGGCCUGACGAAUCUGGGAGCCACCUGUUACAUGGCCUCCUGCGUCCAGCACUUGUACAUGAUGCCACAGGCGCGUGCGGCUGUCUUGAGGGUUCCACCCACCGCUGCCCGCAAGCACGGACCCACGCUCCUGGAGUUGCAACGGAUGUUUGCCUAUCUUCUGGAAUCGGAGAGGAAGUCCUACAAUCCGCGAAGUUUUUGCCGGGUGUACCAAAUGGAUCACCAGCCGCUGAACACGGGCGAGCAAAAGGACAUGGCUGAGUUCUUCAUCGAUCUGGUGUCCAAGCUGGAGGACAUGACGCCCGAUCUGAAGCACCUGGUGAAGAGGCUCUUCUGCGGCUCCUUGAGCAACAAUGUCGUCUCCCUGGACUGCGGUCACGUUUCUCGCACGGCCGAGGACUUUUACACGGUGCGCUGCCAGGUGGCGGAUAUGCGCAACCUGCAGGAAUCACUGGACGAGGUAACUGUUAAGGACACGCUAGAGGGCGACAACAUGUACACCUGCUCGCAGUGCGGCAAGAAGGUGCGGGCGGAGAAGCGGGCCUGCUUCAAGAAGCUGCCCCAGAUCCUGUGCUUCAACACCAUGCGCUACACCUUCAAUAUGGUCACCAUGCUCAAGGAGAAAGUCAACACCCACUUCUCCUUUCCGCUGCGACUGAACAUGUGCCACUACGUGGAGAAGACCUUGAUGCCGCAGCAGUACAAGGAGGAGCGCGAAAGGCGCCAGCGGGAAAAGGAAGGUGCAGACGGUGGAGGCGAUGAGAAUGAUAACGAAAAGGCGGAGGCCACUCUAGACGCCGACAUCGAGGAGUGCUACGAGUAUGAGCUGGUGGGCGUCACUGUGCACACGGGCACUGCGGAUGGCGGCCACUACUACAGUUUCAUCAAGGAGCGCACGAAGACCAGUUACCAUCCGCACGAGCGCUGGUUCCUCUUCAAUGAUGCCGAGGUUAAGCCUUUCGAUCCAUCACAGAUAGCAGCCGAGUGCUUUGGCGGCGAGAUGACGAGCAAAACCUAUGACUCAGUGACGGAAAAGUAUCUAGACUUUAGCUUCGAGAAAACCAACUCCGCUUACAUGUUAUUCUACGAGCGUCGUCUGCCGGAGCAUCUGCAGCGCCGGCAUUCCGAGCUGCUGGUUACACCCACGCCCAGUCCCACUGUAGAGGAGAAAUCCGAGGCCGAAGAGUCCACAAAAAUGGAAACCAGCACCAGCGAGUCCAAGGCAGAGGUGGAUGUGGAAGUGGAAGAUGAGAAGAAGAAGCAGCCCGAGAAUGAGUCUCAGGAAACCUCGGUGAAAGAAGAGUCCAAAGCCAAGGAGGAUGAGCCCGAAAAAAAGGAUCCUCCGACAGUAGAGACCGAAAUAAAAUUAGAGUCGGACAAGAAGCCCGUGGAGAAGACCAUCGAGAUCAAGGAGGAGGAAAAACCCCCAACAGCCAAUUGUGAUAAUCAUAAGCCAAGCAACAAUAGCAACAGCAAAAGCAGCAACGAUCAGCAGCCUUCCACGUCGAAAGCAGCCCAGAAGCUGCAACUAUUUCGGCCACUGCUGAACAAGGAGCUCGAGGACUGGAUCUGGCAGGACAACCGACAGUUCCUGCAGGAUCGCAACAUCUUCGAGCACACUUAUUUCAACUUCAUGUGGCAGAUAUGUGGGCACAUACCACAGUCGUUAAUUUCGGAGACGGAUGUCACCUGCAUGGCAGCAAAGUUGUCGGUGUCUUUCUUCAUUGAGACCUUUAUUCAUGCCAAGGAAAAGCCCACCAUGGUGCCCUGGGUGGAGCUGCUAACCAAGCAGUUCAACGCCAGUCAGGAGGCCUGCGAGUGGUUCCUCUCGCACAUGUCGCUGGAGCCCUACUGGCCUGUGCAGGUGCUAAUCCAGUGUCCCAACCAAAUGGUGCGUCAAAUGUUUCAGCGCUUGGUUAUCCAUGUCAUCCAGCAAUUGCGCGCCUCACAUGCGGAUCUGUAUUUGGAUGUGGAGACGGAUGAGGAUGACAAGGAGUUGAUUGGCCAGGCCUCGUGCGUCACCCGUUUCAUCGGAUCACUUAUCUCGCUGCUGGAACAAGGAGCCCGAUCGAAUCUGCGCCACCUGUCCGAGUACUUUGGACUGCUCUGCGAGUUCUCACGUAUGGGAGAUGAAGAGGCCAUGUACUUGUUGCGCAUCGGGAUUCUCAAGAGCCUGGUUGACUUCUAUCUGGGUCACAAACAAACGGAUAGCAUUGACAUCAGCUCGGACAACGAAGACAACUCCUCGGAUGAGGCGCUUUCCGUGGAGAAAAUGCGCCCGGCCUCCCUGGACAAAAUGAUUGCUCUUUGCGCCAGCCUGGUAGAGAGAUCACGGGGUCCCGACUUCCGUCUGCGGCUCUCGCCGAAAGACUUCACUGCGAUCGCCGGCGGCAAGGGUUUUCCAUUCUUGUACCAACAAAUAAAGGACGGCAUUAAUCCGCACCAGACAAAGCAUUUAAUCCACGCCCUUUGUCGCUGGGACGAGCGCUUGGCCACCCAGAUAAUCGGGAUGCUGUUCGCCUCGGUCACCAAGCACACAGAGCUGUGCGCGCCCUUCUUCAAGCUGCUCACCCUGCUCACCGAGACUCAAGGCGGCCCUGUUGGUCUGCCCUGCUUCACCCAGCUCAUCCUACCGCGCAUGUGGGACGCGGCCGAGUACUGUCCGCAGUCUGUGCUUGACUGGCUGUCGCUGCAAGCCACCAAGAACAAGAUCGCCCACGCCUGGAUCCUUCAAUCCGCAGAGCAGUGGCUCGAGCAGUUCCUGCUGGCCCAUGACAACACGCGUGUCCGGAACGCUGCCGCCUUUCUGCUGGUGGCACUGGUGCCCUCGCAGCCUUUCCGGGCCAACUUCCGGGCGCAUUCACAGCACAAACUGCUGGCCCUCAACCCGCACAGCUAUCGCGACAUUAACAGCGAUGCCCAGGCGGUGCUGCACCAGGUGAUCACCCUGCUCCUGCGUCUAUUGCGUCCUGCGCGCGUCUAUGCGGAUAUCGGAGCCCAUGGCACCACCAAGCUGACCGCCUACUUCAACCUGCUCAGCUAUUGUAUGGUUUCAAAGACUGAAAAACUAAUGAUAGGUUCGUUCAUGCGCUCCCUGUGGGAGCUGUUUCAUCCGCGACUCUCGGAGCCCAGUGUUCCGGCCCAUCACAACAAGCACGCGCUCUUAACCUUUUGGCACCACUCGCUGGUGGACUGUCCAGAGAAUGCUGCCCAGGUGGCCAACUGCCCAGAGAUUACGCGCAACAUUGCAUUUAACUAUAUACUGGCCGACCAUGACGACGCGGAGAUAGUCACCUACAACCGUUCCAUGCUGCCCGCCUAUUACGGACUGCUCCGACUCUGUUGCGAGCAGAGCCGUGCCCUAACCCGCCAGUUGUCCCAACACCAGAACCUGCAGUGGGCCUUCAAGAACAUCACUCCGCAUCCCACGCAGUACGCAGCCGCCGUAGAUGAGCUCUUCAAGCUGAUGGCCCUGUUCGCCACCCGCCAUCCAGAUGCCAGUGAGCAGGAGAAGCUGGAUGUCACUCAGUUUAGGCGAGCAGUAAUCGUGUCCUACACGAGCAGCCUGGAUGCACGUGUCUCCUGGUCCACGCUGAUCAGCGCCCUGAAAAUACUCGUGGACAACGAGGAGGACCGCAUCAUGGUGAUCUUCAACGGCGGCAUUGAGAUGUGCUUCGAGGCGCUGCACACGCUACAUUCCAUGCACCACGAGGCCACCGCCUGCCAUGUGGCUGGGGACCUGUUCGACCUGCUGGGCGAGAUGCUGCUCCUCCUGGCCACACUGCGCACGCGGUCGGACAGCCCGGCGCAGAAGAAGCAGCAGCAGCAACAACAGCAGCUGGAGCAGCAGUUGCAGUUGCAGCAGCAACAGAUGUUGCAGAAGCAGCAGCAGCAGUCCCAGAGUCAAACGCAGACUCCGCAGACGCCGCAGCAGAAGGAAAAGCAGCUGCAGCAGCAGAUGCAACAGCAUUUGCAACUGCAGCAGCUGCAGCAGAUGCAGUUCCAACAGCAGCAUUUCCUACGCCAGCAGCACCAGCACUCGGCGCUGGCCAAGGCACUGCCAGAUGCCGUGAAGCGACUGGCCACGCUUCUGAACACCUUCAAUUCGCCGGAGAUCAGCCGCAUGGCGUUGGAGGUGCUCAAGGAGCUGGUGCGCAACACCAGCCUGGAGACCAUCAGCAUCCUGGCGCCCAUCCUGAUCAAUUGCCAUCUGUCCGUGGCCAAUGCGCCCAAUGCGAUUGGUCCCCUGGGACCGUACUUCCCGCGCCGCGGUGCCAAGCACACGCCCUGGCCUUUGGGUGCCAAGAACUCGCCACGUCCGCCGCGACCCAUGGUCCAGAUGUGCAUUGCUCUGGCGGAGCUGACGCCACGCGGUCUCGAUGCAGACUACGACGUCCAGGUGGAGUCCUUCUACAGACCCUACCACGACUUUGUCGAUGUCAUGAUGCGCAUGUGCGUCAACACGGGCACGCUGAACGACACGCUGGUCAAGCUCCAAUGCCUGGUGGCCAUCGAGUCGACGCCGCUGCACUUCAACUAUUUCCCCAAGUUCUGGGUGGGCAUACACAACAAUGCACUGACGCACAAAUACGUAGAGUUGCUAGUCAAGAAUCAAUUGCUAGUAGAGUACUUGCACAAUGUCCUAAGGGACGAACGCAGCAUGCUGAAGGAUGCCUGCGUGCGCGAGUUUCUAGAGCUCUAUUACCACAAAGUGGCCGCCCAGCUGCCGGUGGCCCGUAUGAUCUACACGAUCAAUUAUGGCAUGCACUCAAAGGACGACAUCGACGAGCUGUGCGGCGAUCUGUUUGCCAUCCGCAUCAUUGCCCAGGCCACUGGAGUGCCGGCCUCAGUACGCAAGGAGCUGCGAGGAUCUCUGAGGGCACUUCAGAACAAGAGCGAGAGGUUCAGAAAGGAGUCAGAGCGGGAUCCUUUUCCAAACAAAAAGCUGAAACGUGAUUCUCAAAAAGACAAAGAGAAGGAUCAGACGCAGUCGGAUGGUGAGAACGCCGCCCCAACUGAUGCUGACAAACGAUCAGACGUUUCAAUGGAGUCCGGCUGCUUCUCGCAACCAGUGACGGACGGCACCAAACCACCCACUCCCGCUGGCAGCGACGAUGAGCAGAUGGAGAAGACGUCAAUACCGUCGUCCGAUGACGAGACCGAGCUGGAGGAUGAGCUGGAGCCGACGCCCAAGCGCAACAAGAAGGCGUCGAACAAAAAGACCGCCCAGGAUCGGCUUAACGAGGAGCGCGAAAAGCGUUUGAUUACGCUGAUCACCAUGGAAUCGUACAUCCAGAGCAUUUUUGCAAUCCUCAAGCGGGACUCCAGCGUGCCCAGUGCGGGGGCCACUAAGGAGCCAAAUGAGGAGUCGUGUGGCGAAGCCUCCACAUCGGCGGCCGCAGCUUCGAAGAUGUCCCGACCCAAGGGAGCCUGUACGCCACCCGAGCCAAUGCCCGAAACGAGCGACACUCGGUGCCACAUGGAGACGGAGACUGAGGCGGAGGAGAAAACGUCAAAGACAAACGGCAGCCAACCGACCGAAUCCCCGCCGGCGGCCAACAGUGGUGACACUGCCCCCACGAAUCCCUCACCCGCUCCGUCGGCAGCGGUCGCGUCCACGUCCCAGGCAGCCAGUCCUACACAGAUUUAGUUGUCAUUCAACGAUUUGCUCAGCAUUUUGUUUUUCGGCAAGCCACUGGACUGAUAAUGGGCGCCGGGGGCUGACCACGGCUGAGCUCCUAACCUGUAAGAAUUUUGUGGCCAAAGGUCAAUGUUAGGUACAUGUAAGCAAAGGCAACCCAAGGUUGGUGCUAAGGGUUGGCUUGGAGGCGAACCCAUCCACACACACAAAUCGGUCAGAGUAAUGGCAGAGCGACACAAGCUAUAUAGACCCCAUCCGAUUUCCCUAUUCUAGGAAAGAUAAAGUGCUACAAAUACUACUUUCCGAGUUUAACGAGAACGGGAAUUGGAAACGGGUUUGGGGUUAAUAGAUACUUAGUUAAGCUUAACAACAAAUAGUAAUAUAACACACACAUUCAAGCCCUGCACGCAAACACCCCAUAACCAUACCCGACCGGCACCCACAUAUAUUCAAUAUAUAGCGAUAAAUGUAACUAAGUUAAGACUACCUUGCACGCAACGUCCCCCGCAGAGAAGAACCCGUAAAAGAUCCCCUUUCAAAUGGUUAGUUAAGAAAAAAGUUUAAACAAUCCACUCGAGAAAUUUGUUAUGCCAAAAAAAAACAGAAGGAAAGCGGUAAAGCGGUUAAACUAGAGGCAGCAUUAGGACUACAAAUUUGAUGUUUGAACAAGAGCAGUUGAAGAAGAUCAAUAAAACGGCUUACGAGACGCUAAUAUCUAUAUAUGUUGUAUUAGAUCCAUUAAGUAUCAUUUAUAAAGCGAUGCUAAGAACAUAUUUGCUUACCCCUUUCUCUCGCCUUUCCCUCCCCGAAUGCACCCAUAAACGAUAUGUUAGAAAUGAACAGAUAUUAUAAUAAUAGAACUUAACGAAACAUUUUAAAUACUGGAUGUGUUACAAUAUGUCAUAAUCAUUUUCAAUGUAAAUCGCAUAACGCAAACCAAUCGAACAGUUUUUAGUUCACGUCCGAUAGGGAUAAAUGUAAUGUUUAGCACGUAAGGAUUGUAGAGCGUUGUUGUCCCAAGUGAAACACAACAGGACAAAAAUGAUAACAUUAAAUAAAGUAAACUGGCCAGCCCCGAAAAGGGUCGCGUAUAUUGAUAGUUUUAAGCUCACAAACAUAAGCGAUCGAAAUCCACACAAUGUAAUGUUGAGAAACAAAAAAGAACCCAAAUCUAAAUCACACCCAAACAAAUCAUGAGAAUAAUAAGUUUAAAUGAUAUGUAAUUGAAA